AUGAAAGACGAUCGUUGCCUCUGGCCACGUGGUAAAGUGCUCGGAGGCAGCAGCAUGGUAAACACUAUGCUAUACGUUCGUGGUGCCAAAAAAGACUACGACAUCUGGGAACAACAAGGCAAUCCAGGGUGGUCCUACGAGGAUGUCCUGCCUUAUUUUCUGAAAUCCGAAGACAAUCGAAAUUACAGCUACGCCAAAACACCGUAUCAUUCGACCGGCGGGUAUUUAACCGUCGAAGAACCACAAUGGCACACUCCUCUGGCCGCUGCGUUCAUUCAAGCAGGCCAAGAGAUGGGUUACGAAAACAGAGAUAUCAACGGAGAACGACACACUGGGUUCAUGAACCCUCAGGCUACCGUCAGACAUGGAAGCCGGUGCUCCACGGCAAAGGCCUUCCUGCGGCCAGCCAGGACACGCAAGAAUUUACAGGUCGCUAUGAAUGCGCAUGUUACCAAAAUUUUAAUAGAACCGUCGUCGAAGAAGGCUUAUGGCGUAGAAUUUGUUCGAGACGGGGAGACAUUACGCGUUCGUGCCAAGAAGGAGGUGAUCGUUUCCGGAGGAGCCAUCAAUAGUCCCCAGUUGUUGAUGUUGUCGGGAAUAGGACCUAAAGAACACUUAAUGGAACACGAUAUACCAGUGAUUCAGGAUUUAAGAGUGGGCCAUAAUCUUCAAGACCAUAUAAGUACAGGUGGCCUUACGUUCAUGGUGAAUGAAGAAAUUUCACUCGUACAGAGUAGGUUGUAUAAUAUUAGCAACGUAUUAGAAUACUUCACACUCGGGGAGGGUCCUUGGACCAACUUAGGAAAUAUCGAAGGAAUAGCUUUUAUCAAUACCAAGUACGCGAAUUCCUCCGACGAUUUCCCAGACAUACAACUGCAUUAUUAUUCAUCGGGACAGAACAACGACGUCAUUAGAGAGAUUCGUGGAUUGACCAGAGAAUUCUACGACGCCGUGUACGGAGAUCUUCAGGAUAAGGACGUGUGGAGCGCGUAUCCUACGCUUUUAAGACCAAAAAGCAGAGGUGUUAUCAAGCUUCGAAGUAACAAUCCUUUCGAUUAUCCAUUGAUUUAUCCAAAUUAUUUCAAGGAGCCAGAAGACAUGGCAACAUUGGUCGAAGGAGUAAAGUUUGUGCUCGAGAUGAGUAAAACUGCGUCUUUCAAACGUUACGGAAGCGAAAUGAAUCCGAAACCAUUCCCAGGCUGCAAGCAUGUUCCUAUGUAUAGCAAUCCUUACUGGGAAUGCAUGAUCAGAUUUUAUCCCGCGACUAUAUUUCAUCCCGUGGGUACUUGCAAGAUGGGGCCUAAGUCGGAUCCAAAAGCCGUGGUAGAUCCUUGGCUUCGAGUUUACGGAGUUACUGGACUUCGAGUCAUAGAUAGUUCGAUUAUGCCAAAUUUAAUCAGUGGCAAUACCAAUGCGCCGACUAUUAUGAUCGCAGAGAAGGGUUCCGAUAUGGUAAAACAAAAGUGGUUGAAGUAA